CCUUCUUCCCUCCGAGCAGAGAGAAAAGUUGAGUGUUUCUUUCUGCACUGCACAGACAUAUUCAUCCACACACCUUCUCUUGCCAUCGUGUCCAUGGUCAGGCCAAACAUGAAACCCAUUGUCCAGUUCUUUCUAAAGCUCCUCCUCAUUGUCCUUAGUGCACCACAGUUUAUUGCCGGCGAUGACAACCAGCGGUUUGUCUACUCCGGCUUCGCUGACACUAGCCUCGCCCUUGACAGCAUAGCCUCAGUCACGCCAAGCGGACUGCUCGAGCUGACCAACGGCACGGCGAUGAGCAUGGGCCACGCCUUCUACCCACCUCCGCUGCGCCUCCGCGACUCGCCCAACGGCACGGUGCAGUCCUUCUCCACAUCCUUCGUGUUCGGCAUCAUCUCCAUCUACGACUUGAGCAGCCAUGGCCUAACUAUGUUGGUCGCACCGAGCAAGGAUUUCUCCAAGGCCACACCAGUACAGUACCUGGGCCUUGUGAAUGGCUCGAACAACGGCAACACAACAAAUCAUAUCUUCGCCGUCGAGCUCGACACAUGGCAGAACACCGAGUUCGGGGACAUCAACAACAACCACAUCGGCAUCGAUAUCAAUGGCCUCAGCUCCGUGCAGUCCCAUCCAGACGGUUUCUUCCAUGACCACAACGGCAUGUUCAAGGACUUGACUCUCAGUAGCCAAGAGGUGAUGCAGGUGUGGGUGGACUACGACAGAGAGAAGAUUCAGAUCGAUGUUACCAUGGCUCCUCUCGACAUGGCCACCAAGCCCAAGAGACCAACAGUGUCCACCAGGUACAACCUCUCAACUGUGCUCAAAGAUGUGGCGUACAUCGGCUUCUCAUCUUCAACGGGCAAGAUAAAAACACGGCACUACGUGCUCGGAUGGAGCUUCGCCAUGAACGGUCCUGCUCCAGUCAUCAAUGUCACCAUGCUUCCAAAGCUUCCUCGGCAUCAUCCCAAGGGUAAUCGAUCCUGGGUGUUAGAAAUAGUUCUGCCAGUAGCAACAGCAGCAGUCCUCCUGUCUUUGGGCACCAUUGCUUUUCUCUUUGUCCAGAGGCAUUUAAGGUAUGCACAGCUACGAGACAGCUGGGAGAUGGAGUUUGGUCCACACAGGUUCUCGUACAAAGAUUUGUAUCAUGCAACGGGGGGAUUUGAGGACAAAAACCUUCUAGGAGUUGGAGGAUUCGGGAGAGUGUACAAAGGGGUGCUUCCGAGAUCAAGAUUGAAGAUAGCCGUGAAGAGGGUGUCACAUGAUUCAAAACAAGGCAUGAAGGAGUUCAUCGCAGAAAUUGUCAGCAUAGGCCGCCUUCAGAACCGUAAUCUUGUGCCGUUGCUUGGCUAUUGUCGGCGUAAAGGUGAACUCCUCUUGGUAUAUGAGUACAUGCCCAAUGGAAGCCUCGAUAAGUACCUGCAUGGCAAAGGGGAUAACACAGUGUUGAGUUGGGCUCAAAGGUUUCAUAUAGUCAAAGGAAUUGCAUCUGGUUUGCUUUAUCUUCACGAGGAGUGGGAAAAAGUGGUUGUUCAUCGAGACAUCAAGGCAAGCAAUGUGCUCCUUGACGACAAGAUGAAUGGGCGAUUGGGUGAUUUCGGCCUUGCAAGGCUAUAUGAUCAUGGCAUCGACCCACACACUACACAUGUGGUUGGCACCAUAGGCUACCUAGCUCCAGAGCUAGCACACAGCGGAAAUGCCACUCCUCCUACAGAUGUCUUUGCUUUCGGCAUGUUCAUCCUUGAGGUCACCUGUGGACAAAGGCCUGUCAAUUACCAAAACGCACAAGGCAACCAGCUCAUGUUGGUUGAUUGGGUGAUUGACAAUGUGCAGAAAGGAUCAUUCGAUGAUACAGUGGAUGCUAGGCUAAAAGGGAGGUAUGAUGUUGAUGAGGCCUAUUUGGCGCUAAAGAUAGGGCUACUAUGCUCACACCCAUUCAUCAACGCGAGGCCUAGCAUGCGGCAAGUUAUGCAAUACCUAGAUGGGGAAAUUGAACCUCCAGAGUUAAGGUCCGAGUCGCUAGCCUUAAUGCAAAAUGAUGGGUUCGAGCCAUACACCAUUUCCUAUCCUUCGUCAACUACAAGCAUUGGCACAGUGUCCCACGUCUCAGGAGGAAGAUGAGUAUAUAUAUUAAGUGUGAUGAGUACAUAUAUAUACCUUAAGGAUGUUUUAGUUUGUCUGUACAAACAUCAUUGCUCGUUUGGUUCUAUCUGCAUCUAGAUAUGUUGUGUAUUUGUUACCGCUGGUUAUUUUA